AUGGCAGAGAAGUGCUACAUGCUGGCACCGUUCACAUCGACUAACGCGUGGACAAAACCACCGGUCAUACCUAUUACUGCUACCAAGUUCAUCAUUCAGCCUAUCAACCAGAAGGAAAGCCGCUGGGGGAUCAUUGUCUUGGCUCUGCGCUAUGCAGGAAACACAGACAUCGAACCCUUUAUCGAUGAAGAAUGCCACGAGGACAUGGAGGAUGUUUGGAAAGGCAGCGAGGAUCACGAGAAAAGACUUGCUAUGGAAGACCUUCAUGCUUUCGCGAAGCAAUGGUGUCAAGCUUCUACACCUGCUAUCAAACUAAGCAUUGGUCCCAUUACGUGGGUCGAAGUUCCGCAGCAGCCCGACUUUGCGAGCUGUGGAGUAUUUGUUAUGGCCCAGGUUUACAGCUAUGUUGCCAUGAAUCUUCGCUGGUAG